AUGUCCGGUGCGGCCGCUGAGGAGUCAGCCCCAGUGGAUCUGGAUGUGCGAUGCCUUAGUGGUGAAGGCUGCAAGGUGCGCGUCCGUCCAAUCCUGUUGGGCCGGGAGUUGCGGCAGAUGAUUGCAGAAGAACUUCCAGCAAAGAGAGGCACACAAGUUGCCGUAACGGGCCACCAGGCUUCACCACUUUUGGACCAAAAAACCUUGGAAGAGCAGGGGAUUCUACAAGGCGAUACUGAUGGUGCAACGGUGUCCUGCACCUAUGUUCCAACCAACUUAUGUGCUGCAGUGUCUUACCUCCAAGGCUUACACGAGGAAGCAGCUGCAUUGGAGGGGCUGACGCAGAUUGCAGGUGCCACGACCACAGAGUAUGUGCACCAUCUUCCAAAGAGCCUUGAGGUUUUGACCCUGGACGAUCAGUUCAAUGAAAACUUCACUCGGCUCAAGCUCCCAAGCGCCCUGAAAAGUUUGGCUUUUGGUGAGGAGUUCAACCAAAGCCUGGAAGGAGUGAUUUGGCCAAAGGACCUGCAAUCUAUGACCUUUGGCAAGAACUUCAAUCAAAGCCUCGAAGGAGUGAAACUGCCAGCCGGUCUUGAAGAUAUGAUAUUUGGCUUUGGCUGUGGUUUCAAUCAGAACCUCAAGCAAGUGACCCUUCCAGGCAGCAUCCGAAGCUUGAGUCUCGGUGGGAUGUUUUCCAAGAAGAUGGAUGAAGUGACUCUGCCAGGCAAUCUUCGAAGCUUGGAAUUCAGUUGGGCUUUCAAUCAGAGUCUUGAGAACGUGACCCUGCCAGACACUUUGCAAAGCUUGACUUUCGGCUUCAUCUACAACAAGAGUCUGGAACGGGUGAAGUUUCCAACGUUCUUGGAAACCAUGGCUUUUGGUGGGAUGUUCAACCAGAGCUUGCGAGGAGUGAAAUUCCCAAGCGGUCUCAAAAAGUUGAGUUUGAGUUCGCAAUACAACAAGAGCCUGGUCGGAGUGUGCUUGCCAUCGGGUCUUGAAAGCUUGGAAUUUGGUGUGACCUACAACCACAGUCUCGAAGGAGUCAACUUACCCAUCAACCUUCUAAGGUUGGCCUUCGGGGACGAGUACGACCAGAGCUUGGAUCGCGUGGUCCUUCCGAGCGCUUUGCAGAGCUUGAAGAUGGGUGGCAUGGAGACGUCCGGCGUGGAGAAUGUGAAGUGGCCGAGUAGCUUGACGCGUUUAGAUUUUGACGAUGCCUUCAAUCAGAGUUUGGGGCGAGUGAAUCUGCCCAGCAACCUCGAGACCUUGACCUUUGGUCAGAAGUUUAGAGGAAGCCUGGAGAGACCCCCAAGCAACUGGCCAAGAUUGAGUGUGGUCUUCUCCUUGUUCACCAAACGGCUGGAACCCAACCUGUUGCCCAGCACCCUUCUCAGCUUGACUCUCGGGUCUGACUUCGACCAACGCCUGGAUGGGGUGAAAUUGCCUUCCACGUUGCAGAUCCUGACCUUUGGUGAUCGUUUCAACCGCAGCUUGAAGAAUGUGACCUUGCCAAAUGGUCUCCAGAGCUUGACGUUUGGGCGUUACUUCAACCAAAGCCUGGAUGGAGAGACUUUGCCCAAUAGUCUGAAGGCUUUGACUUUUGCCCAAUCCAACAGGGGUUUGGAAAACAUGACCCUUCCAAGCGGUCUUGAAAGCUUGGCUUUCGCUCGUUUCUCUUCCAAGCAGAUCCGCGAAGUGACUUGGCCAGAGAGUUUGCAGAGCUUGAGCUUCAGUGACAUGUUCGACGAUAGCUUGGAAGGAGUGACGCUUCCAAGCAGCCUGGAAAGCUUGACAUUCGGAUUCUACUUCAACCAAAACAUGGAAAAGGUGACCCUUCCAAGCACUUUGCAAAGACUGACCUUCGGAGAUAAGUUCAAUCAAAACAUGGAAGGAGUGACGCUGCCAAGCCAUUUGCAAAUCUUAAACUUUAGUCCGAUGUUCAAGCAAAGCUUGGAGCGAGUGACUUUGCCCGUUAGUGUGCACUCUCUUCGUUAUGGCUCCAUUUUUGUGAGCCGCUUAUGA